AGAUAAGAUAUAAUGAACAUUUGCCCAAAUGCAAGGGUCUAAAUAAUGCCCCUCAGCGACCACAAAUGCCGAUGAAAAAUAAGAGUAUCAAAACUUUCUAUAAUCAUAAAUGCAUGCAACCAAAUCCAUAUCGCAUUUUCUGGGAUCUAGAAAUGUUAACCGAAAAGCUAACUCCAGAAGAGAAAACGAAAUUAACUUCCACUGAGAG